AAGUUGAGUUUGAGAGGCGACACGGCGGCGGCGGCCGCGCUGCUCCCGCUCCUCUGCCUCCCCAUGGAUAUGCACUGCAAAGCAGACCCCUUCUCCGCGAUGCACCCAGGGCACGGGGGUGUGAACCAGCUCGGGGGGGUGUUUGUGAACGGCAGGCCCCUGCCCGACGUGGUGAGGCAGCGCAUCGUGGAGCUGGCCCACCAGGGUGUGCGGCCCUGCGACAUAUCCCGGCAGCUGCGGGUCAGCCACGGCUGUGUCAGCAAAAUCCUGGGCAGGUACUAUGAGACCGGCAGCAUCAAGCCCGGAGUGAUCGGAGGCUCCAAGCCCAAAGUGGCGACACCCAAAGUGGUGGACAAGAUUGCUGAAUACAAGCGACAGAACCCAACUAUGUUCGCCUGGGAGAUCCGAGACCGGCUCCUGGCUGAGGGCAUUUGCGACAACGACACGGUGCCCAGCGUCUCUUCCAUCAACAGGAUCAUCAGGACCAAAGUUCAGCAGCCUUUCCACCCAACGCCGGAUGGGGCUGGGACGGGAGUGACUGCCCCUGGCCACACCAUUGUUCCCAGUACGGCCUCCCCUCCUGUUUCCAGCGCCUCCAAUGAUCCAGUGGGAUCCUACUCCAUCAACGGGAUCCUGGGGAUCCCUCGCUCCAAUGGUGAGAAGAGGAAACGUGAUGAAGAUGUGUCCGAGGGCUCAGUCCCCAAUGGAGACUCCCAGAGUGGUGUGGACAGUUUGCGGAAGCACUUGCGAGCUGACACCUUCACCCAGCAGCAGCUGGAAGCUUUGGACCGGGUCUUUGAGCGUCCUUCCUACCCUGACGUCUUCCAGGCAUCGGAGCACAUCAAAUCAGAACAGGGGAAUGAGUACUCCCUCCCAGCCCUGACCCCUGGGCUUGAUGAAGUCAAGUCGAGUCUAUCUGCAUCCACCAACCCCGAGCUGGGCAGCAACGUGUCAGGCACGCAGACAUACCCCGUUGUGACUGGUCGUGACAUGGCGAGCACCACCCUGCCUGGUUACCCCCCUCACGUGCCCCCCACUGGCCAGGGAAGCUACCCCACCUCCACCCUGGCAGGAAUGGUGCCUGGGAGCGAGUUCUCCGGCAAUCCGUACAGCCACCCCCAGUACACGGCCUACAACGAGGCUUGGAGAUUCAGCAACCCCGCCUUACUAAGUUCCCCUUAUUAUUAUAGUGCCGCCCCCCGGGGCUCCGCCCCUGCCGCUGCUGCCGCUGCCUAUGACCGCCACUAGUUACCGCGGGGACCACAUCAAGCUUCAGGCCGACAGCUUCGGCCUUCACAUCGUCCCCGUCUGACCGCCCACCCCGGAGGGAGGGAG